AUGAAUCACAUAUUACAAACAUGUCUUUUGAAGAAUUUAAAUCUUUAUUAGAAAAUGAUAAAAAAAACAUUUUAGAUUAUUGUGAAGCUAAAUUGCCAGAUAAAGAAAAUUUUUUAAAUAAUAUUUUAGAAAAUAAUAAAGAUUCAGAUUUAUUAAUGUAUAAAGGUUUUGUUUAUAGUUUUUUAAGAAAUAAAAAUGUAAUCGAUGAAAUAGUUAAUGAAUUAAACGCAAAUACAAAAAAUAAAAAUUUUUAUAAAUUAGUAGGAUCUACAUUUGUGAAAAAUCCAAUUAAAUGCAAUCAAGAAUAUAAAAAUAUAUGUACAUCUGAAAUGAUAAAAAUGUUAGAAACAGAAGUUGAUUGCAAUACUUUAACAACAAAUAGAAUAUAUAAUUCUUUAUUCAAAAAUGAAUAUUUUAAUAAAUUAGUUAAAUUUAAUAUUGAUGAAAUUAAUGAUAUACAUGCACAAAUAGCAUUACGAAAACAACAAAUACAAAAUUAUUGUGAAAUUGAGUUUUUAAUAGAUGAUUUUUCAACAAAUAAUAGAUUUGAAAACUUUAUGAAAGUUGAAUUAUUAAAAAUAUCAGAAGCUUUAAAACAUAAUCAACUUUUUACACCAGAAUCUUCUAAAUCAACAAAUAUAUCAAAUGAUGCUAAAAAGGAAUUUAACAAAAGACAAUUAAAAAUAUUAGGUGAAGAAGAAGUUCCAGAAAUAUCAGAUCCAAUAUCUGAAAGUUCUGAUAAUUUUAAUAAACUUGAAAAUAAAAUAAAAAAUAUUGAAUUAUCUGAUAUAUUAAAAUUAGAUGAUAAUAAUAACAUUUAUCAAAAAAUUAUUAACUCUAAUUUACCUGAAAAGGAUAUUCCAAAACUACAAAAAUUAAGAAAAGAACAAUUAAAUAAAUUAAUAGAAAAACAAUAUAAUGAAUUAGAAAAUAUAAUAAAUACUUCAAAAGAUAUAGAUGAGUUAAAUAAAUUAAAAUCUAUAAUUAAAAAAUUAGAAAAUAAUCAAUUAGAAAAAAUUAAUAAUCUUAAACCUAUUGAAAAACCAGAAAGUAUUUUAUUUAAUGAAUUAAAAGAACAAAUUAAAAAUAUUGAUUUAUCAAAUACAGAAAAAUUACUUGAUAGUAAUGAUUUACAUCAAACAAUUAUUAAUUCAAAUUUACCAUCAAAUGAUAUUGCUGAUUUAGAAAAUUUAAGAAAUGAAAAAUUAAAACAAUUAACAAAUAAACAAUAUAAUCAAUUUGAAAAUUUAUUAAAUUCAUUAGAAUCUGAAGAAGAUUUGGAAAAUUUAAAAAAUUAA